AUGGCAAAAAAAAUCUUAGAGAAGUUAGAUAUUCUGGAUGAGCAAGCAAAGACACUCUUGGCCAUAAGAGCAAAGAAAAACUGCCUUCAGAGUGAAGUAAAGAAAAAGAUUUCAGUGAUGCCCCUGACAUUUGAUUUUCAGUUGGAAUUUGAAAAGGAUAUUGCUACCUCCAUAUCUGAGGCAGAAUCAAAGAUCACAAAAGACAGAUCACAUGGCAUUAAAAAAACAAAAAGAUAUGUCUCCUUCAAAAAUAUGCCUGAACCUAAAAAGAGUGAUUUUGAAAAGUCAAAUUUAAGACCACACUUUGUACCAACAAAAAUAAAAAUUCAAGAAAUCAAGUCAAUAGAGCCAGUAGAAGAAUAUCUAAAAUCAAGAUCUAUUAGAUCUUUUCAUUAUCUUAAGGAUACAACUGAGGUAGAACAUGCUAAGCCCUUCCAUGAACUGUAUUCACAGCAUAGACAACAACAAUGUAGAAGAACAUUGGGUUCUACAAUCUUUUCUCCUGUACCCAGCAUUCAGUCUAAUGCUUAUAAGAAUGAAAAAGACUCUAUUUCCAGUACAAAAGACAAUAAAUCCAUCAGAAAGGAUCAAUUAAAUGAGUAUUCAGUAAGAAAGAAAAGCUUGCCCCCCUUGUGCUUUGAGGAUGAACUGAAAAAGUCAAAUGCCAAGAUAAUCGACAUUAGUCCAGCAAAGACAGCAACUUCUUACACGGAAGAAAAUGAUACAAAUCCCAUAAUUUUCCAUGAGACUGGAUAUGUACAAAUGUUACUUUUGACAAAAAACAGGCUUCCUCCCCAUUCUAUGGAAAAUGGGAAUGGUUACCCAUAUAAAAGAUCAAAUAUUGUUUUAGAAAGAAAUUGUGGAAUGCUCAAAUCUGUAGCUAGAGGUCAAUUUAUUACUCCUUCCAAACCCAAAAGAACUCUGCCUACAACACAGAAGAAAGCUAUACAAGCAGUAUCUUUUGAAGUAAGCCGUAGAGUUGUAGAUGAUAAACUAAGGAAGAAAACUAGCAAGCAGAUAUUUGAAAACGUAUCUUGGAAUAAACUUUAUAACUUUUCACAGACUUUUUCCAGCCUAACAAAAAAAUCUGUGGGUUUCCUUGAUAAAACUGUUGUUCAAGAAAUGAGUGCUAACGGCAAAUUUGAAAAAACGUUUUCUACAGUAAAAACAAUGAGCAAAUUGAGUGCCUCGCCUGUCAAAUAUUGCUCAAAGCCUUCAAAAAAUAUACUCAAAGUCCAUAAAAUAAAUAAUGUAACACCAUUGGAUGAUUUGUUAAACUUGUCAAGUAAAAAUUAAGCACCUCAUAAAAUACUGUUUA